AUGAAGCAAUAUCAAGAAGCAUUUCGAACUGAGUUUGCAACAUAUCAGAAACAAGCUCAGAAGGAAGCUCAGCAGCCUGAUGUCUUAGAGACCAUCAAUGAUGCAGAGGAUGAAGAGCUUGCAAGCUUUGCGAUUCGCAACAAACCAAACUCCCUACUGUUGCGUUCGAUAGCCAACAAGAUGAAGUUACACGAUAUCUCUCAACGGUCUAAUAGUCCACUACAACUAAAAAAAAAUAUAGGGUUAAGUAAAGGAAAUCCACGUAUUUACUGGAAGCAACAUGAACAGGAGUUUCCAGUACUUGCCAAGAUGGCACAGGAUAUUCUGUCGAUUCCUGAUAGUGGAGCAGGAGUUGAGCGUUCAUUAAAUUGUGCUCGCGAUAUCUGCCAUUAUCGCCGUGGGCAGCUAAAGCCAGAUACAAUUAGGGAGAUUGAGAUGAUAAAGGAGGAUCUCUCACCAGGCGAAGCUGCAAUGCUUGAUCAGAGCCGUCAAUCUACUCCAUCGCUUGAAUUCCUGGAGCCAAUUAGUGACGAUGAGGAGGAAGGAAUCGAAGGAUACCAGGAAGAGUUACAAGAGGAGGAAUUGGACAAUGAGAGAAAUGAGUUGGUUCUCUCUUACUCCUUGAAGCGGCCUGUAGAUAUUGCAGAUCUAGAUGAUUAUGUCCUGCAAGGAGAAACAGCAUUAGAUAGUACAGAGGCAAGGACUAGCAGUGGGAGGAUUCGGAAGAAACCGAGGCUUCCAGAUGGAUUUGAGGUUGGCAAGCCAUAG